AUGGGGGUCCCAAAAGUGUAUGGUACGUUACACUAUCCUGGAAGUGUGGCAUCGUACCCAUCCCCUCAGUCCACAUUUAUCACUCCUCCUCUUCGUGAACCUGAAGUCUCUGGCUCAAAGUCCUUUUGUUCUUCAUUACCUGCUGUUCCUGAAGUGACAUCCGAGAGGAAACUACGCUUGGCAUUCGAAGGUCACUGGCAGGUAAUCAAAUCAGACAACAACAUCAUACCUCGAGACCCUAUUUUCCCAUUUCCAGACACCGUCGGAGCUGGUAGUGUGGCUCCCCGAUAUGGUUCCAACGUUCCCUGUGAAGUUGAUGAAUAUUUCAAUGUUUCUCAAGUAGCAUUAACUGUUCCUGAAUCUGACUUUACCUUUAGGCAAGAUUUCGACGGCCUUCUUGUUGACCAGAAAUUUCACUAUAGCAUCCAGCUUGAUGCUCUGUUAACCCCCACCACAAGUCUUGACCUGAAUUCAACCGCUAGCGGAAUGUAUGACUUCGCAGCAGCAUCUCAGCAAGCCCCAUUUGCAUUCUUCGAAGAAUCGGCCAUUGCCGGUGUCGGAGAUACGGAUACUGACUCCGUUGCAUCUGAUGAAGUUGACAUUUACAACAAUUACUUGAACUAUCAUGACGGCGACAUAGUUUCUGAUGGGGAGAGUGGAAUGUUUGAUUUCCAGAACAACCUGUUUAACAACAACACUAUUGGUUGCGCUCCUUACGCCCUGCAGUCCAAUGAACUCAAUGAUAGUACAAACGCUCAUAGCGCUCCCCAUAUUUAUUCGUACUACAAUAAGGCCAAGGCCAGUGCACUCGCAGACGAGCUACUGUGGUAUGUGGAACAUGCUGGGUAUCUACGUAUCUAA